UUAUAAAAUUUUGUAAAUAAGUGAUUUUUCUCCUUCACUGAUAUGCGUUAAUGAGGCUGCAGUGAUGGACACUGAUAGGCGGCGCUGAUGCGCACUGAUAGGCGGCACUGAUCGGCAGCACUGAUAGGUGGCACUGAUUGGCAUUGAUAGGUGGCACUGACUGGCACUGAUGGGUGACACUGAAAGGCAGUUCAGAUGGGCACUGAUAUGUGGCAUUGAUGUGCACUGGUGGGCACUGAUAUGUGGCACUGAUGGGCACUGGCAUGAGGCACUGAUGAGCACUGACAAGGGCACUGAUGGACACUGACAGGUGGC